AUGAAUGAAGCAAAUUACUCUGAAGUAUCUGAGUUUAUAUUCCUGGGAUUAUCAAUCCACAGAACCACACAAUAUUUCCUCUUUGCAUUUUCUACAAUAUCCUAUGCAACAAUUUUUCUAGGAAAUCUCUCAGUUGUGCUUACAGUUAUCUUUGACCCUCAUUUACGUUCACCCACGUACUUCCUUCUAGCUAAUCUUUCAUUUGUUGGCUUAUGUUUUUCUACCUCAACUGUUCCUAAAUUGAUUUCUGAUCUGUACUCCAGUCAUAAUACCAUUUCAUUCCAGGGAUGUAUCUUACAGAUGUCUAUCCUUCAUGUGGUGGGGGGAUGUGAGAUGGUGUUACUGAUAGCCAUGGCCUGGGACAGAUAUGUGUCUAUAUGUAAGCCACUCUACCACUUGACCACCAUGAGCCCACAGACAUGCCUUGUGCUUCUGACUGGUGCCUGGAUUAUUGGUCUCAUUCACUCAGUGGCUCAAUUAGUUUUCGUUAUCCAUUUGCCCUUUUGUGGUUCUAAUGUGAUAGAUGGCUUUUACUGUGACCUUCCUAGGUUUAUCAAACUGACUUGCAUAGACACCUACAAAAUGGAGUUCUUGGUUACUGCUGACAGUGGAUUAAUUUCUGUCACUCCCUUCUUCUUAUUGACUAUCUCCUACAUCUUCAUACUGUUCACUGUAUGGAAACAGUCCUUAGGCAGUUUGUCCAAGGCCCUGUCUACGCUUUCUGCUCACAUUUUUGUAGUGGUUUUGUUUUUUGGACCAUGCAUCUUCGUGUACUUGUGGCCAUUUCCUACUGUACCAGUGGAUAAGUUUCUUGCCACUCUGGACAUUUAUACUCUAAGGAACAAAGACAUGAAGGUUGCAAUGAAGAAACUGAGUAAACAGUCCUGA